AUGGUAGUAGAGAUCUACGCUAACACCACCGCGAACAGGGUUCCGGCCAGAGCGAUACCGAAUGUGGCUGCCCGGCCGAUUUGCGACGCCGCUCCAGCUGGGUUGUCGGCCGGCGGUGGUUGGGGAGCUGGUGAAGGCACGGGCACCCCGUUUCCGGCAGGUGAAGGAGGAGAAGGGAAAGCUGGAACAGGAGCACCGGCGGGAGAUCCACUAGGCGAAGGAAUAGGAGUAGGAGUAGGAGUGGAGGUUGGAGCUGGGGAAGGUGCUGCCGGCGUCGGCGAAGGAGCUUCCGGAGCAGGUGAGGGUGAUGCCGGAGUCGGAGCAGGUGAUGGUGCUCUGUUUGGCGAUGGAGUCGGAGCUGGAGGGAAAAAGACCGGAGAAGGCGCCGGAGGUUGCGACGGUGCAGGACCUGGCGACUGA